AUGUCCGGCUCAACAGCACAGGGCGAGUCCUCCUCGUCGAGCGGCUCGACUGCGCCCUCGUCUCCCAUCGCAACCUCCGUCUCGUCCAUGGACACCGAAGUGACUCACCUCGACCAAGCCUCGGCGACCUCUGCCGACGUCCCACCCUCGCCCAGCAAGGAGGACAUUGCGCUGCCCGUGGAGGAGAAGCAGGCCAAGGCGAAACAGCUCAAGGAUGAAGGCAACAAGCUCUUCUUGGCGGGUCAGUACGAUGCGGCAAAGCACCAGUACGGUCUCGCCAUCGCUCUCGACCCUUCCGUGCCCGCCUUCUACAGCAACCGAGCAGCGUGCGAGUUGAGACUAGAGCAGCACGGUCUGGCGAUAGAGGAUGCCACCAAAGCCAUUCAGCUCGACUCCAAGUUCUCCAAAGCCUACUUCCGCAGAGCGAGCGCACAUCUCAGCAUCCUCGAUCCCAAGGCAGCAUUGCCAGAUCUCCGCACAGUCGCCCAGCUCGAACCCAAGAAUGCUUCGGUCAAGGCUCAGCUCGAAGCCACCGUCAAGCUGAUCCGUCGACUCGACUUUGAAAAGGCUAUCAAGGUCUCGGAAGGUGUCAAGGCAGCAGAGACCGUCGAAAAUAACCUCAAGGAAGGAUCUGGAGGCACUGUUGUUUCCGACUCAUAUACGGGACCGCGCAUCGCAGAUGGUGACGACGCCGACACAGCCCACCUCGGCAAGAUCGACCAGAAGUUCAUCGACGACAUGGUGGAGCAUUUCAAGAACGGAGGCAAGCUGCACAACCGCUACUCGUGGCAGAUCAUCCUCGGCGCUUUCCGAGCGAUGCAGCAGGAGCCCUCGCUGGUGGACUACCAGGUCCCCGAAGGUACUACGGUCGAUGUCAUUGGCGACACCCACGGCCAGUUCUUCGACUUCAUUCACUUGCUCAACAAGACAGGCAAGCCUAGCGACAAGCACGCGCUCCUGUUCAACGGUGACUUUGUCGACCGAGGCUCCUGGUCGGUCGAGAUUGCUCUCACCAUCUUUGCGUACAAGUGGCUCUACCCAAAGACGACGCUUAUCAACCGUGGCAACCACGAGACAUCCGAGAUGAACAAGGUGUAUGGCUUCGAAGGCGAAUGCAAGGCCAAAUUCGGCGGCGAUCUUACCUUCAAGCUCUUCACGCAGGUUUUCAUCGCUCUGCCGCUCGCAACACUGCUCACUGCCAGCAAGCCCCCUCUCACUGGCAGCGAUCUGCCUGACUCCUUCUCCAUCGCACAGCGGGAGCCCAUCGUGGAGAAAGACACCGGUUUCAAGCGCUUCUUUGUCGUUCACGGUGGUCUGUUCUCAAAGGAUGGCGUCACACUCGAUGACAUCCGCGCCAUCGAUCGAUUCAAGAUCGGCCAGCCCGGUCAAGCUGGUCUCAUGAUGGAGCUGCUCUGGAGCGACCCUCAGACGGCACCCGGACGCGGUCCUUCGAAGCGUGGUGUCGGUCUUGGUUUUGGGCCCGACAUCACCAAAGCAUGGUGCCAGCUCAAUGGCGUCACUGCGGUACUGCGAAGUCACGAGGUCCGUAUGGGCGGAUACGAGGAGGAGCACGAGGGUCGAUGCUGCACCAUCUUUUCGGCGCCCAACUACUGUGACUCGACGGGCAACUUGGGUGCCUUCGCUCGCAUCGACGAUCAGGGCAGCAUCGGCUGGACCGUAUUCGAGGCCCAGCCUCACCCCAACAUCAAGCCCAUGGCCUACGUUGGCAAUGCUAUGAACGGUAUGCUCGGUGGAUGA